AGUAAGUAAGCGUUCUAAUUUUGUACAAUUUUCUUUCACACAGAUCCCAAAGAGAGCCAUGCUAUGUCUAAAUCUGAAGCACAGGAGGGGCCAAGGAUGGAAGCAGUUUACAAACAAGAGCAGUCCUUUGACCAGGAGUGGUGUGCAAGUUUAAAGCAAGUUACAGAGCUGACAUUUGAUAAAAAUGAAGAGGUCCCUCGACUGCAAUGUGUUCCUUUUAAAGAGGAAUUCAUAGAACAGGAAUGUGUCCCCAUCGCAGAGGAAGCUCCUAUUGAAAAUAAUGUCUGUACACUUGAGGAGAACAACCAGCUGGGAUCCAGCCUGUGUGAUGAUCGUCCACCUGAAUGUGAACUGGAAUUUGGAGGAAAUCUCACAGGAGGGACUCCAUUUCCCUGUCAUUCAUCACACCUUAAAAUCAACAAGCGCGUUGUCAAAGGAGAGAAACCUUAUCACUGCAUUGAGUGUGGGAAGAGUUUCACGAAGUUACAAAAUCUUAAAAGACACCAGCAUGUUCACACAGGAGAGAAACCUUAUCACUGCCCUGAGUGUGGGACGAGAUUCAGUCGUUUAUCAAACCUUAAAAGACAUCUGCGCAGUCACACAGGAGAGAAACCUUAUUACUGCACUGAGUGUGGGAAGAGGUUCACGCGAUUAGGAAGUCUUCAGUCACAUCAGCGCAGUCACACAGGAGAGAAACCUUAUCACUGCACUGAGUGUGGGAGAGGUUUCACGCGAUUAGGAAGUCUUCAGUCACAUCAGUGUUUUCACACAGGAGAGAAACCUUAUGACUGGGCUCAAUGUGGGAAGAGUUUGACAUAUUUAAGUUCCAUGAAAAUCAACCAGCGGACUCACAACAAAUAAAUCUUAUCAAUAUAAUGAAUGAAGAGUUUCAGUCACUUAUCAGACCUUAGAAGGCAUCGUACAAUUCAAACGAGAGUGAAGCCCUACCCCUGCACUAAAUGUUGGAAGAAGUUCAGUCAGUUACUGGGACUUGAUGGACAAGAGAAUUCACCAGAAUUUCAGCCACUUGAGGACCUAAACACUCGGACUAAAUUUGACUAAUACAGGAAUAUGUAUUGAAAGGAAAAGAAUAAACAUUCUUGAUAAAUGGUGUUACUCCUGUCAUUUAAGCUAAGAACUCAAAGACGGAAAGUUGAACUACUACAUCUUGUCUGGACCAUUCAUUAUCUUGUUGACCAUUGUGAUUUUGUUAAGUCACAUUAUAAUCUAUCAAAUAGAUUGUAAUUGUGUCUGCAAGAUGUUGUCUCCUGGUUUGAACGUUAGGAUUAUUAUACUGUAUGUAACUCCCCGUUAGUGGCCAGCUCUUUCAAGUCAAUGCUAAGCUUUGGUCAAUUCUGAACUUCACACUUCAAACAGUUUUGUUGUUGACAGGCUCUGACUGCUAUAUAACACCACCCCCCAUAUACUUUUUCACAAUGGAAACCGAAAUACUGUUUUGUAUCAGUAACCUGACAAAAUGACAAAGGUGCAUACCUUGAAAAUGCUCUCUCUUGCGAUUUUAAUUCAAAUAAUGCAUUUUGUUUCACUUAUUUUAUGUUGGCUACAUCUAGGAGACACAAAGGGACACCAUCGUAAAUUGUUGUGUACAGCUGGCGCUGCCUAAUCGGGAUACUGAUAUUCGGGAAUUCUGCUUAAAUGGGAUGCAACUCUGGGAGAUGGUUCUUCCCAAUGCUAAUAAUGCCAUUUAAUUGGGAUACAGUAUUUUCAAACGAUGAACGGAGAUCGCUUUUCGGAGCAGUACAGGUCGCAUAGCACAGUGAGUACGUGCUUACGCUGGGACUUGAGUAAACCACGUUGAACUCUUGAAGGAGUCGCCUGUGGUUUCUCGGGCUGCAGUUGCAAAGGGUGUUGGCGCGUCAACAUCGCAGGUGCUAUUUAAUUUUGUUUAGGAAUAAAAAAAAAAAAAAACAUUGACUUGUAUUUCAAAUGAUGUAUUUGACAUGUAAUCACAAUGUGAUGUGACUUCAUUCUUUCUCUUUUCAUUAAGAAUCAAAAAAAGUGUGACCAAGGUCUUCUCUACUGCCUCUCGUUUAAUUGGGACAGCCAAUUACUACCUUUAUGGUAAGUUAGGCUACAGCAGUGUUGUAAUCGAGUCUUAACAAUUGGGAGUAGAGUGGGGGUAGAGUCGAGGCUUUGACAUGCCAAGCUCGAGUCGAGUCACCUAUCUGGCUCAAGUCAAUUCGAGUCUUUCGUUCUGACAGUUCAUUUUACAGGAGAUUAGCAAUCUACAAGUAAAAAAGAAAAGAACAUUUCAAUUAAAAAUACAAAAUUGAGAUGCACAAUAAUGUGGUCGUACUUGCUCCACUGAUGUUCACUAUUAAAGGUCCACGGUUUCUCCCUUG